AUGACAGCGACCGAAUACUCAGACACCGAGCUGCUGACCGAGCACCUCGGGUAUGCUCCAGUUAGCAUCAUCGACGACAUAAUCAACGCCGCGAACUUCCAAGCCACGCGAGCCCUCAACAGCAUCGAGUCCCACCUCCUCGCCCAGCCCCCCAAGAACCUCGGCUUCAAGCUCUCCUCCAGGAAUCCCAAGCACAACUCCCAAGAUGCCGCCGCCGUCGCCGCAGCAGCUGCGCAGGAGGAGAAGCAGGCCUUCGAGGAGCGCACCAAGAUGGAGAUCGAGGCCGGCACGCACCAGCUCGAGACCCUGCUGUGCGCCAGCAUCGACCGCAACUUCGACAAGUUCGAGAUCUACGUGCUGCGCAACAUCCUGACGGUGCGCCCGCCCGCCGUGCGCGGUUGGAUGCGCCUGUCGCACUACGAGGGCCUGGACUUUUCUUCCUCCUUGGCCUCGCCUUCUGCCGGAGGAGGAGGAGGAGGAGGAGGAGGAGGCAGCAGCAGCAACGCCAACGACACCACCAAGAAUGACGCGCCCAGCCUCGACUCCAUCAACCACCUCCGCCGCAAGCUGCGCGAGAGCAUGCGCCUCAACACGCUGCUGACGCGCGAACACACACAAAACGAGCACAUGCUCGAAAAACUACACAGCCUCGUCGGCGCCCCCGGGUCCGCCGGCACCGUCAAGACCGAGUCCGUGUCGCCGCACCACCACCACAAUACCACGGAAUCGCUUGUACCAAAACAGGGCAGCGCGACGAAAACAGAGAAAGAAGACACCACCAGCAGCAGCAGUCCCUUCGCCUUCCUCCACCAAAAGGGCGACACUCUCACAGGCGGCGGCGCCGACGCCCCGCUCGGCACCACGACGGCGUUCACGCUCUCGCAGAUGCAGGCACUGCGCGCGCUGUCGACGUCCCUCUCGAAUAUGACGCCGGACCUGAAAAAAGCCUCCUCUUCUGUGGUGGACGCCGACGGCGACAGCAGCAUGUCUGAUGGCGUGCAGCAGCGCAAGAGCUGGCGCAGGGAGCGUCUGGAGUACGUCGAGGGCGCGACGCGCCGCCACCUCGAGACGGUGCAGGGCCUGGAGCUGGGCCGCGAUGGCGAGGUCCGCGACGGGGAGUGGCAGGGCGAGGGGCGGAACCUGGCCCGCGGCGAGGUGGAGGGGCUGGAGAGGGUGGUAGCUAUUUUAGGGGGGAGUGGUGGCGGUGGCGGUAAUGGUCAUAAUCAAGUCAAUGAGAAUGAGAAUGGAAAUGGUGACGCCGUUGCUGCUGAGCUGGCGGGAGGGUUGUCGCCUGUGAGGGAGCAGAUGGAUGAGUCGUGA